AACUUGAGAUUGGAUGCAGGAAAUUCCUUAAGUAUCCCUAAUAUAUAUACCAAAAGUGGGGAGCAGUAGUUUUCUACUUAAUACGACGGCGGUUAGUGGACACAGCCCUCAGACAGACAGCGAAAGAGUUCUGUAGCUCGUCAGCACCGUGUCUUUACAAUGGACGGAACUUUGAUCGUAUCAAGCAUCAUACUGACCAUGAUGACGUUCUCCGGAAAUUACGCAUCAACCAUUCCACACCUUGGCAGUAGCUGUCACAGUCCUGUCAUUUGUCCUUCGUAUACCGUCAUCAGGGGAAAAUCUACGAAUGACUACGAAUAUCGUCGAUACGAUGAGUCCAAAUGGAUUGCUACCAACUACGUCGCUUUGGCAAUGACACCUGGAGAUGAACUAGACAUGCGCAUGCGUCUGAAAGGUUACUACCUAGGAGGAAAUACUGAGGGAGUUUCUAUAGACCAGACCCUUCCCGUGAUCCUCCGGGUGGCGCCAAACAUGGCACCGAACGGGACAGUGUUCGUUAUGUUACAAAUGAUACCUUCAACAGUCCAUGGUAAUAUUCCUACUCCUACUGCGGAGUCCGUCUACAUCCAAGAGGUCCCACCCUUCAACGUAUAUGUGAGACGCUUUGUGGGGUGUUCACUACACUCCACAUGCCAACAUGAGGUCGACAUAUUGAAAAACGCUAUCGGAAACCUUUCCAAAUACUACCAGGAAUAUUUUCUAUUGGCGGAAUUCGAAUCCAGUACUGAUGUAGUCCAUAAUGAGGCGUGGCUGAUAUCCACGGAACACGUGUUAUAAUUACAACUUCGCCCAUUCCAAGGUCGAACAUCUCUUCCUUCUUUUUUGUUAUUUGCUUUACAUUAAAUCAACUAUAGUAUCA